AUGGACAAAGGCAAAGUUCGACAGCUCGACACCGACCAGCAACAGAAUGCCGUUCCACCACGCGACCGUUUAGAAGACUCGCCGCUGACCUACAAUCAGCUAGUCUCCGGCAUCAUCGAUUUCCUCGAGGUCGCAUUCCACACUAUCCUGUGCAUGCGGUCAGUAUACCCCUACGAUGCAUUUGCCCGACGCAAAAAGUACAGCCAUCCAUGCUAUCAAUCUCGCCAUCCGGGGCUCAACGAAUACAUCUCGCGCGUGCUGACGGCACUCCGGAGCGAGAUAGAGAAGAGCACGGUCAGCAAGGUCAUCCUCGUCAUUCGUCCGAAUGUCGUUGUGGAUCCGAACGGAGGCUCGAACGGGAGCGGCUCUUCGGGUGGAGAAAGCUCGGGCGAUGCUGCCGAUGCUUUCGAACGAUUUGUUUUCAGCUUGGACUACAUCCUGCCGUCUGCACUGAUAGACCAGCGCGAUCGGGAUUUGGCGAUAUCUAGCAAUGUGACGAGCAGCGAGCUCGAGAUGAUCUUCAGAGGAUUCAUGCAGAAGCUCAUGGUUGUCGAUGGGAUCUUGUACGACAUGCCAUCGGCGGCAGGCGCAAGAGGACAAGAUGGAGACACGGCUUCCACCACCGAACUCACAUUUGCAGUAGUGCUCGAGAUGAUGGAUGAGGACACAACGCCCGUCGGAAAGGAUCGCAACGAAGCAAGUACAGGAGAUUGGAUCCCUGCUGAUGCCGAGAUCCUCGGACGCUCUCAUGAACCUCGACAUGGCUCUUCUCUCGACAUGGAGUCCACCACCGCUGACCCAGCACCAAAGAUCCGCCCGAUCAAAACCCUCGAUUCAGGGGUGAUCAACCUCAUGCUCUACGUCGAAGAGGAUAUCUACGCCAAGUCUGGCCAGACACGUCCCGCUCGUGCAUCCCCUACAAAAGCGAAGGCAGUCCGACCCACCUCUGCCCAACCAUCGCGCAAGACCGCCACGGUCGAAGACGAACUCUUGCUGACCAAAGCAACUCAGAUCGACCUCUCCUCCGCAGCCGGCGGAAACGUCAGAGAGAUCAAGAACCGCGCGCGUCGACUCGACGCCGAACGAGAUCUCGACGAACCGGCGUUAGCCGAAGCAGAAGCAGAACCGGACAUUGCACACGCCAAAACCAAACGCAAGCGUGCGCGCAUGGUGUUGGGAGAAACGCGUGCGGCUGAAUCGGCAUCCGAGUCGAGCUCGUCUGCUCCGAAUUCGCCGAGUGGAAGCAGUCAGAGCAUCAGAGAUGAUUUUGGUGGCCAGCUUAGCGGUGGAUUCUGA